AUGGAGGAACAACAACGUUUGCAUGCACUAUCGUCUCAUAUGCAACACUAUUCGCCCAUGGAUUAUCAUCGUUUUCAAUCGACAUAUUCAAUGCGUCCCUAUCAUCAUCCUGCAAGUGCCUAUCAAAAUCAAACUGAUUGUUGGUUUCCACCACCAUCACAUUCAGUUUCACCACCAUCAUCAAAAUAUGAUACAACACUUGAUUAUCAUUCUCAUCCAUAUAUUGCCUAUAAUCCUCAACAAUCAACUCCAACGGAGCUUGAUUAUAAAUCCAACACAUCAGCGGCAGCAUCGAAAGCAACUGUAGCUGCUUAUUUUAAUUUUAAUUUCAAUUGCGAUCCAGCACAUAGUCAUCAUCAUCCGUUAUUCGCCGAGAAUCCUUCAAUGGGAACAACAGAUUCGCCAAAUAAUUUUAAACAAGCUAAUAAUAAAGUUCAACAUCUAAAUGAUCUAUCAACGACAGUUGGUUUAAGUCCGAAAGCAUCAUCAUCUGGCGCUUCAUCAUCAAAUGAAUCAUCAUCAAUAAAUAAUGGUGUUAGUCCAGCUCAAUCAGUUCCUGUUAAUUCAAAACCACGUAAAGAACGUACAGCUUUUACAAAAAAUCAAAUACGUGAAUUGGAACGUGAAUUUUUAAAACAUAAUUAUUUAACACGUUUACGUCGUUAUGAAAUAGCUGUUGCACUUAGUUUAACAGAACGUCAAGUUAAAGUUUGGUUUCAAAAUCGUCGUAUGAAAUUCAAACGUGUUCGAGGUGCCGUUUUGGCUAAAAUCGAUAAAGUCAAUCAAAAGGCAUGUUAUCAUGGUUCGAACGAAGAACAAGAUGGAGAUUCCGAAGAUGACGAAAGCAUUGCUAGCCACUAG